AGGGGCUGGGUCACGUGGCGGCCCGGGACAGUGAGGGUGGGGUCCGCAGGAGAGAGGGCCACUGGGGUCAGGUGAGCGAGGGGGGUCGGCGCUGCCCCCACUCACCGAUCUCCCGGGCCAUGGCCAGGCCCUGGGGGUAGGUGAUGGGCGCCAGCUUCUUGUCCCGCAGCCGCUCGACAGUGUCCUUGUCGUCGCGGAGGUCCAGCUUGGUGCCCACCAGGAGGAUGGGCGUGUGGGGACAGUGGUGCCGCACCUCCGGGUACCACUGCAGGGACCACAGGCCCUGGCCCCUCAGCUGCCACCCUCCCCUUCCUCACGGCGCCUUCCUGUGCCAUGGGGUGACCACUGGGUGGGGGGCAAAUGACCGGGAGCCAGAGCCAGCCAGGAGGCCUCGAGACCCAGCUUGGCCUUGUCCACCACCCCUACGGCGACCCUUCGCCCUUCAUCCCCCACUGAGGGCCACCUCCAGCCCCAUCCCCGAGCGGAGCGGGCACCUCAUGGUCUCCAAAGUACAAUGUGCUUGGCUAAGAGGCUCAUGGAAGAGACCCCUGCCCCACGGGGACUAGCCCUCUGGGCCACCCUCCCUGUGCCCCCAGCCCCCUACCUUGGCACGAACAUUCUCAAAGGAGGCAGGGCUCACCAGGGAGAAGCAGAUCAGAAAGACGUCCUGGGACAGGGUGGAGGAGCACAUGGUCAAGGAGGCCCCGCAGCCCUGUCCCAGUGCCCCUCCAUCCUGGAGCUCGCAGAGCCCCCCAUGGCUGGCAGAGGCGGGGAAGGGCCACCUACGGUUUGGGGGUAGGAGAGCGGCCGCAGGCGGUCGUAGUCCUCCUGCCCAGCGGUGUCCCACAGCCCCAGGUUGACCGGCUUCCCAUCCACCAUCACGUUGGCCGAGUAGUUGUCGAAGCUGCAGGAGCAGGGCGGAGAAAAGGUGGGGGUCGGGGAGGGGGGUCCUCCCAGCCCAGGCUGGGCCCGGGGUUCUCAGGUCCGACCUCCCGCCCCGGGCCCCGAGCGCGCGCUCACACGGUGGGGAUGUACUCUCCCGGGAAGGCGUUGGUGGUGUAGCUGAUCAGCAGGCACGUCUUCCCCACGGCGCUGCGGAGACAGCACCGGCUUGCCCCGGCCGCCUCGCCCCGCAGCCCCUUCCAGCCGGGCGCCCGCGGAGCCGAGCUGGGGGACUGCGGCGGGCACGCGGGGCCCCUCCCAGCAGAUGCGCCGCGACCCAGGCGCCAGGAGGGCCAGGUGGUGGGUGCGGGCGCAGAGGCCCCGGGCAUGGGGUGAGGAGCACAGAGCCCCUGCACCCCGGGCGGGCGGGCGGCGCGGGGCGGGGCGGGGCGGCGGCCGGCCCAACCCAGGUGAGAGGCCGCGCCCCGCCUGCUCGGGGCGCAGGACCGCGGACCCCGCCUCGCCCUGCGCUCCAGCCGGGAUGGGAGGCCGGUGGGCGGGACGGGCAGCACCGGGGAACUCGGCCAGGCCCCUCACCGUCGCCCGCUAAGCCGGGACCCCGCCCCAGCCCCGGACCCCGCGAGCAGCCGCGCCCCCCGCCCGGCCCCGCGGCCCCCGGCGCGCCCGGACACUCACCCGUCGCCGACCACCACGCACUUGAUGGCCUGCAUGGGCACCGGGGCCGGGGCGGCGGCGGGCGCGGCCGCGAGCCGAGCUGCGGAGAAAAUGCCCCGCGCCGCAGCGGCCGGAGACAGCCGAGCGCCGCCGAGCGCCGCGCGCGCAGACAGCCGAGCGCCGGGCGGGCGGGGGGCGCCGGCCCCGCCCCGGCCCCGCCCCGCCGGGGCUCCCCGGGGCGCUAGGCUGAGGGCGGCGCCCCGCCAGCCAGCCCCCGAGCCCGGCGCUCUCCAGGCCCCCAGUCCGCGAGGGGCAGGGGCGGCCCGGGAGACCCCGGCGCGCACGGAGGUGAACUCGGAGGAGCGGGCGCGGACGGGUCGUUGUUCCCGGGGAAGCAGCCGGGGCCCACCCACCCCGGAGCCGCGCCCAACGCUCCAGCUGCCGGGCGGAGGCCGCGCGGGGAAGCCGCUGUUUGCGCUGCCGCCCGUGUCCCCAGGGCGGGCGCAGGGCCGCGGCCCCACCGGGAGGCUCUCCCCAGUCCCUGGGGAGAAGGGCGCACGGUGCAGUAGGCAGGGCUGGCAGUUACCACAAAGCUUCUGUAUUCAAGAGGGUGGCCUGGGUGACAGGGUAGGAGAGGAGUACAAAAGGCACGCGAGCAGCAGAGCGAGCAGAGCCCAGGCCUGCCCCGAAUUUCCUGGUCAUCCUCGGAGGCACCGAUCCAUGGCCUCCCACCCUCCAGGGCUCUGCACCCCGGGAACUUCAGGCGCGUCCCCAGCACAGCCCCAGGGCCCAGAUCGCUGAGGCCUGGGGGCCUGUCCCCAUGGCCUUGGGCGCUGCUUACGCAGGGGUGGACACUGACAGCCUGCUCCCGGGAGCGAGGGACAGGGAGGGGGCGCAGGCUGCCCUGGCCCUCAGUUCAUCUCAGGCGCGGUGCUCCUGUCUCUCCUGGGCCUCCCCUCACUUAUGGGGGCUCAGGGCCCUCAGAGGGGACCCCUGCACAUAGGCCAGGACGGCAUUUUGCAAGCAGCUGGCCCUCUGGGCCUCCUCUUCCCGGACACGGGCCACCUCGGCCUCCUUGAGCCGCAGCUUCUCGCGGAGGGACGCGUUCUCGCUCUCUCUGUCCAGCAGCGCCUCCCGGUGGUUGCUGGCGAUCACUGCAGGGCCAGGGGCUGGUGAGGGCGCAGGGCAGUCCCGAGGCGCCACCAGCUCCCCUAGAGACCGCACCUAUCCCUAAGGUGGGCUGCUGGACCUCACCUCCUGGCGCAGGGAGGGAGGGGCAGGGCUGGCUCACCUUUCAGCUGCCGCUCCAGGGCGGCCACCUUUUCCCGUAACCCGUCCUGGGCCGCCAGCUCUGCCUGCAGACGCCCGACCUGCUCCUGCAGCUCCACCCGUGCCCGGGCCACCUCGGCCACCUUUUCCUCCUCCUUGCUGCUCAGCUCCUGCUGCAGCUCCUCCAGCCGCCGCCGCAGCCCUUCCACCUGCAAGCCCAGCUGGCCAGCCCGUGCCUGCGUCUCGGCCAUUGUCUGCUUCUGCUGGAGGCAGGCGCCCUGGGCCUCAUCCCGUGCCUGAGCCAGCAGCCGCAGCUUCUCCUCCAGGUGCGCCAGGCGCUGUUGCUGGGGGCCCAGGGACAGGGACUGGUGAGCAUCGCAGAGGGGGAUUGGGUCCUGCCUCCUGCCGGCUGGCCCCCUCCUCUGCUUCCCAGGCUAAUCUCCACACCGUGCCCCUUCCCCCAUCCCCCAAUCCCAACCGGCAGAGACUUCUUGGACGGCCGGAGCCAGCCGCGGUCCAGACCUGGGGCAAAGGCUGGGGUCUGCCUGAUGCCCUGCAGGUCUUAGGGGCUGGGGGGUGUGCUGGCGGGGCCGGGCAUUCUCAUCUUAUGCGUCCCCACCCGUCUCCUGCUCUCCUGUCAGGACCUGGCCAUGGGGCCCCACCAGCCUGCCUCACCCCUCAUGUAGGGGCCCUGGGCAGCCCGGGCUGCAGCCUCACCUCCUCCAGGCGGGCCUGGUUCUUGGCCUUGAGGAGCUCCUCCUCGGCCUGGCCGCGUUCGCUGAGGGCGGCGGCCUUCAGGCGGCUCAGCUCCUGCAUCCGGCACCGACGGCACCGAUGGCUGCAACGGGGACCCUCCGGCCCCACUUGCCCCAGGGGCCUCUCCCAGCCUCCCCUCCACUGUCCACCACCUUCUUCCCCAGGGCAAGGGUCUUUUACAGGAAGGCAGCCCGAAGGCCUCAUGGGGGGCCCCUAUGCUGGGGCCUGACAAGGCCUGAGGCCUGGGAACCUCGGGGACCCGCCCCCCAGGCCCAGCCUGGAGCCUGGCACGUGCUCACCUCCUCCAGGGACAGCCGCACGGCCUCCAGCCUCUGCACUCGCUCUUGCAUGGCCCGCUCGCUCUCCUCCACGUGGCGGGCCAUAUGCUCCACCUGCCCGGACAGCAUGGGGGGGCUGGCGGGCUGCCAGAGGCCUGCUCCCCCAGCUUCUACCCCCAGGGAGACCCCCGUUCCCUCUGAGCUAGGGCUGCCUAGAGCGGCUUAGCAGGGACCAAGGACAGAGAGCAAGUCACGUCACCACCCGGCCCAGCCCUGGCAGCCCCAGGACACAUCCCUGCACAGGGGGGCACACCUGUACCAAAGCCUGGGGCCCCCAGCACCCCGCACUCUAACUGGGGCACAUUUGGGGUCCCCUUUCAGAUCCUCGUGGGGAGGUUCUGGGUCUGAUAUCUGCUCAGAGAGGCCUGGAGCUGCCGCCCCAGCAGCCUAAGGCUGGCGAGGGGACACCCAGGUCCCCGGCAGGCUGCCCCGGCCACCUGAGGGCCCCGCGUGGCACAGGCACCUCUCUGCAGCGCAGCUGCUCCGCGUCCUCCAGGCUCUGCUUGAACCUCCUCUUCUCCAUUUCCAGCCGUUCUGGAAGCACAGCGGGGAGGAUGGCAGGGAGAUGCCCCUGGGGGCCUUGGACCCCAGGCGCCCCAUCUCGCAGGCUCACCCUCGGCCUGGACCGCCCGCAGCUUCAGCUCGGCCGACAUGUUGGUGAGCUCCUGCCUGGUCAGGAACAGCUGCUCCUGCUGGGCCCUCACCUUCCGCUCCAGCUCGUCCACCUGGGAAGCCAGGCAGAAGACAAAUCUCUGAGGAGCUUGGACUCACGCUCUGCAGCUUCCUGGGGGUGAGACCAGUCACCCCCCACCCACCCACCUGCCUGGCCUGGCCCACCCGCUGCCCGCCCGUCCGCCCACCUGCUGCUCCAGCCUCCGCUCCUUCGACUGCUUCUGCGUCACGCUCUGCUGCUCCUGCUCAGCGGCAGCCAGGAGCUCGCCCAGGUCCUGGGCCUUCUGCUCCGACAGGGCCAGGGCCGCCUCAGUCAUCUGCAGCCUGGA